ACGAAUGCGCGUGACGAAGAUAAAAACGGCACCGUUGUGAUAUCUCAUAGACAUUGAACUCUGAGAAAAAUAAUAGUUAUUUAAUUUCGAUUUCAGAUAAUAGGUAUUUCCAUAUUCACCCCCGCUGAAUCGUCGAUUUCUGGAAUCCCUUGUUCUUCUGCACUGUCUCGGCUAGAUUCAGAUUCAGAUGUCCUAAAGCGCCUCACAUGGCCACGACAAGGUCACCUAACCAUUUUUCCGAGGAAGGCGCCGAUCCCACGCCGUUCCUCGGCGCCUCUUCCGAUGACUCUAACUCCGGCCGCCGUCUCCUCCGCCGCCCCAGCCUACGCGAGGCGGCGCGCUUCCUUCGGCAGGCGAGCGGACGCCGACUGAUGCGCGAGCCGUCGAUGGUGGUGCGGGAGGCGGCGGCGGAGCAAUUGGAAGAAAGACAGAGCGAUUGGGCCUAUUCGAAGCCCGUCGUAGUCUUGGAUAUUCUUUGGAACUUCGCGUUCGUCGCCGCGGCCGCCACCGUCUUGAUUCUUAGUCGCAACGAGAAUCCGAAUAUGCCCCUGCGGUGUUGGAUUGUAGGCUACGCUAUGCAGUGCGUUCUUCACGUCGGGUGCGUGUGCGUUGAGUACCGGAGGCGCCAGCGCCGCCGUGAACAGUCCAGCGCCGCCGUUGCUGUUGGCGGCAGCGGGGAUUUGAGUUCGGCUUCGAUGGAAGGCUCUGGACACUACGUGUCGUUGCCGCAGCUCGAGGACGAUAGUAUAAGUAUGGCCAAGCAUUUGGAGUCAGCCAACACAAUGUUUUCAUUCAUUUGGUGGGUUGUUGGAUUCUAUUGGAUAUCAGCUGACAGUGAAGCUCUGGUCCAACAUUCUCCUCUGCUUUACUGGUUAUGUAUAGCCUUCCUGGGUUUUGAUGUUUUCUUUGUCGUUUUCUGCAUUGCACUAGCAUGCAUCAUUGGUAUAGCUGUUUGCUGUUGUCUUCCAUGUAUCAUUGCACUCCUGUAUGCAGUUGCAGACCAGGAAGGGGCAUCAAAAGAGGAUAUUGAGCAAUUGUCAAAGUUCAAGUUCCAGAAAACCGAAAUUAAUGAGAAACUUGCUGGGAAUACACAAGGAACUGCUGGAGGAAUAAUGACUGAAUGCGAUACUGAUUCUCCCAUUGAACAUGUUCUUUCUGACGAGGAUGCGGAAUGUUGUAUCUGUCUUUCUGCUUAUGAUGAUGGAGUUGAACUUAGGCAACUUCCUUGUGGCCACCAUUUUCACUGUUCCUGUGUGGACAAAUGGCUGCAUAUCAAUGCUACUUGCCCCCUGUGCAAGUACAAUAUCUUGAAAAGUACCGGUCAUGGUCAAGACGAAGUUUAGUCAGAAAAGUUCUAGCAGCCUGCUGGGGAAAUUGCAUAUCUUUUGGUUUACAGUAUAUUAGGCACAACUUGUUCAUAUAAUCCAAUACAGGCCUUUAUUGUAGUUGCUGCUGCUGCAUACUCUCGUAGUGAUAGUUGUUUCGAUUAUUCUUCGUUUUGAGUGGCUUCUUUCUGGUUAUGUACAUCUGCUCAUUGUAUACAGUAAAUAAUCAUCUCGAGGCAGUUUGGUUG